AUGGAAACCAAUCAUGAAGACUUGCUGGAUGAAAUAUUAGCUAUUGAGGCUAUAUACCCAGAAAAUUUAGAACGUAAGGUUGAGGAUUGUUCAAUUGUGGUCAUAAAAGUGCCACAACACGAAUAUAUAAAUAUUCAAAUAUCGUUUCCGCCAGAAUAUCCAUCAACAUUAUCACCACGUUUAUUAGAUGUUAACAUAUCGCAGGAUAAAAGUAAGGCAUAUGAUGCAAAUUAUUUAAAGCAGUUGUUUCAGGAGGUACUAGAUUCUGUUUUCCAUCCAGGGAUAGUAUGUCUGUUUGAUUUCCUCACUGAAUUGGAUGCCGUUCUAUAUGAGGGUGAUAAUGCUGAGGAAGAUGAUACGAAUGAACAGAAAGAUAUGAAAGAGCUUGUACCAAUAGAUCCGUUUGAAGGGUGGUUCGCAUCUGAUCCUAUUACUGACCGUGGCUCUACAUUUAUGGCAUUUGCAACCCAUGUUACUUCAGAAGAAGAUGCAUUUAUGAAAUUGGAUAAAUUGAAGACAGAUUCAAAAAUGAGGAAAGCUAGUCAUAUAAUGAGUGCGUGGAGAACAAAAGUGAUAAACGAGAAUGGGCAAGAGAUAAAAUAUCAAGAUUCUGAUGAUGAUGGAGAAGCAGCUGCAGGAUCAAGAAUGUUGCAUCUUAUAACGAUUAUGGAUGUUUGGGGAAUCAUGGUAAUUGUAGCGAGAUGGUUCGGCGGAGCUCAUAUUGGCCCAGAUAGAUUCAGGCACAUUAAUAGUACUGCAAGAGAAGCAGUCCUCAGGGGAGGGUUUAAAAAGGAUAAAUAG